AUGGGCGCCGGCAAGACCCAACAAACACGAGGCCACGCCGGCCACAGCCACAGCCACGGCCACGGCCACCACCACCACCAUGACAACGUCUACCUCACUUCGACCAACAAGAACGACGCCGGCGUGCGCAUCACCCGCAUCGGCUUGUACUCGAACCUGGGCAUGGCCAUCGCCAAGGGCGCGGGCGGGUACGCCUUCAAUUCGCAGUCCAUGAUCGCCGACGCGUGGCACUCGCUGACCGACCUGGCCUCGGACGUGCUGACGCUCGCCACCGUGUCGUGGAGCCUGCGCCCGCCCACCGAGAGCUUCCCGCAGGGGUUCGGCAAGGUCGAGAGCCUGGGCUCGCUCGGCGUCUCGAGCAUGCUGCUGUUUGGUGGGUUGUUCAUGUGCAUGAGCAGCUGCGAGACGCUGUAUGCCCACUUCUUUCUGGAUGCCGAGGCCGCGCGCGCCAUGCUGGAGCAUGGCCAUGGCCACUCCCAUGGGCAUGGGCAUGGACACGGCCAUGGGCAUGGGGGUGCGCCGAGUCUGCACGCGGCGUGGCUGGCGGCUGGGACGGUUGCGAUCAAGGAGUGGUUGUAUCAUGCGACCAUGAAAGUCGCGCGCGACCGCAAAUCCUCCGUCCUCGCCUCCAACGCCGUGCACCACCGCGUCGAUUCCCUCACGGGCAUCGUCGCGCUGUGCGCCAUCCUGGGCGCCAACCUGCUCAAGGACGCGACCUGGCUGGACCCCGUCGGCGGCCUGCUCAUCUCGCUGCUCGUCAUCCGCGCGGGGCUCGGCAACACGCUCUCGGCGCUCUACGAGCUCGCCGACCGGUCCAUCGACGCCGAGGUGCGCGAGUCGGUCACCAAGCACGUCGGCACGUCCCUCGCCGCCCUGCCGGAUAACUUGGGGGGGGAAGUUGACCUGCGUGAUGUGACGGGCGUCAAGUCCGGGCAGAACUACCUUGUUGAUCUGGAGCUGGGCGUGCCGGCCGCGUGGACUGUUGAGGCUGUGCGGGUUGUGGAAGAGGCUGUGCGCACCCGCGUGGGGGGCAAAGUGCGUGGUGUGCGGAGGGUGAGGGUGCGUUUUGUCCCGCACACGGCGCCCGUGCCGGAUCGGUUUGAUGAGUUUAUUCCGGGGGAUGUUAGUCCGAGGAGUAGUCCCGAGCCGGAGGAUGGGGAGGAGAAUGGGAAGGAGGGGCGGAAGACGCAAUGA